CUCAUUUCCAACGCCCGACCCCUGACCGACGGCGACACAGCGAACUUUGGCGCAUAAUGUUCUUCAUUGGUCGCGGCAUCGGGGCAAAUGCAAGUGAUCCGGUGCAGUCACGUUUCGCGCGGAUCGGCCACCUCCACCUCCAGGCAUGCAUUGCUGGUUAGCAUUCCCUCUCCCUCCUGUCUGCCAUCUUCUGUCUACCAGCGGGAAUUGGAAUCCUUCGCCCUCUCGCUUCGCCCAACGUGACGCGACACCUCGUGCAACCCACCCGCACUCCCACCUUCCGAAGACUACGCUCUGCAGGAACUGCGCAAGAGCAUGCAUGUCCAGACCACCGACUCCAACCCCUUCCUCACCCCCGGCGAGGCCAUGGGCGAAGAAGUGUACGAAGAAGACGAAGACGACUCCAGCAACCCCUCCUCCCGCCGCCCCUCUCGACACCCUUAUGCGCGAUACAACAGCAACACUAGCAACAACAGCACCUCCCGCCCGCCCCCCGAACCGCGAAGACAUUCACGCAUCAACCUCCUCACCCCGCCCAAAUCUCCCAUACCCAACGCUCCGCUAAUCAUCUGUCUGCACGGCAGCAAUGACUCGUGCAUGCGUUCCUGGCUGUCCUUCAUCGAAGUCCUCUACAAAUCCGGCCACCGCGUCUUGCUCUACGACCGGCCGACGCCCAGCAUCCACGGCGGCAGCGGUGCAGACCUGAAGCCCCAUCGGGCCGUCUCCGAGCUGUGCAGCUACCUCUACAGCAUGGAACUCCGCGGGCCGUUUGUCUUUGUCGCACACUCCUACGGCGGCUGCAUUGCGAGGCUGUUCUUGCAGCAGAAACCGCGCGAGGUCGCGGCCAUGGUGUUGGUGGAAACGGGGCAAGAGACGGCGCUGGCGCCACAAGUGGAGGAAGAACAAUACCGGCGGCAGAUCCUGGGCGAUGCCCCGCUGAGCGUCGUGCGCGGCAACACCUUACGCAGGAAGCAGGAUGAGUGGGUGAAGGCGGCCGCAAUGGCCAGAUCAGAGGCACAGAAGGCGCAACUCGAGCCACAGCGCCACAUGCUGGAACGCUGGGAGGCAGAGGACAUAAGGCUGAAGCAAAAGCAGCUCCAACUCAGCCGGCGCAGCCGCUUCUGCCAAGUGCCGAACGUGGGGCAUCAUGUCAUUCGCGACCGGCCGGAAGCCGUGGUGGACGAGGUGAAGUGGGUGAUGCAGGAGAUUGCGGCGAGCGGGGUGACGAUGGCGCAGAGGCCGAUGUUGCACACCAGUCGUCCCAGCUACUCCAUGGGCUACGGCUCGGGAGGAAUCACCCGCAGCGUCAGUAAUGCCGGGGCCGGAUUGAAGAGGGGGCUGAGUCAGAGCUUGAAGAGAACAUUUAGCAAGAAGGGGGGAAAGACGGCGGUGUGAUGUGCAUGGCAUCGAUUGAUUGUCGGAUUGUUGGAGGCAUCGAAAGGCGUUGUCGGUUCUUCAUUUGCAGCGAAUGUUCAGCAUGCUGGUGUUCUUCGUCGACGAAGACUUCUCCUUGUCGAGAUUUUGGAGAUUGGAGCACAGGUUGUCAGAUACCCUCAUAUGGCAUGGCAGCCACUUUCCCCCUUUGCGUACCCACCACGAACCUGUUCGUCGUGAAGUAUUCCACUGUGUGUUGGAGCAGUUGGCCUGCGAAUCUAUAGGUCCGGUAGUGUGUAUUUCUGAUACCGGUCGGUGACCAUCCAGUGGACCGCGCAUCAACAUCGACUCCAUCCAACUGCACAUCUUCAAUUCUUGUGGACGCUCGUCGGAGCGCUUCACCUUCUCCGCCCGGUCUCCGCCCCAUGCUUCCU